AUGAACAUCGAUUCAUUCGAACAACUAACAACCGGGAGCGGACGUUUACGACUGGACUGGUCGCGAAUCAGUACCGCUUUGACAAUCCUCGUCGUUUACGCGCCGACAUCAAACUAUAGCGAAGAAGAAGAAGCGUUCUGUAUAAACUUGAAGAAGUUCUACAGAGAAGACCGCACAUUGUUCCAGGUCAUCGUUGUAGAUUUUAACGCUAAGAUUGAACCUAGAAGAACAUCUGAAAAACGUCACAUGGGGACCCACGAAUUAGAAUGGAACGAACUGGGUGAGCAGCUCUCCGAGUUUAUCAUGAUGACCAAAAUCAUCCAUGGUAACUCGCAAUUCUAG